UGCGCGGAAGCCAUUGCCGCCUGCCCUCAGUUUUCCCUCUCCCACUCUCCUCCGCCGCCGGCGCCCGAUGCGCCACCUCGUCGCGGCGGCGAAACCAUCCCGGCGGCGGCAUUUCUUCUUCUCCUUAUCCCCCUACCACCAACUCUCCACCACGACCACCAGCGGCACCAAUUCCUCCCAUCUCUGCUCCUUCUACGACCCCGCGGCGCAGUUUCUCCCCUCCGGCUCUCCCCGGCACCUCUCCCUCCCCACCUCCCUCCGCCGCGACUCUCUCCUCGACCUCGCGCGCAUCCUCAAGUCCUCCCUGCAAUGCCACCUAGCUCUCCGCACCCUCACCUCCCAGACCCCCCCGCUCCAUGCCCGCUUCGCCGCCGCCUCCCGCCUCGCCAUCUUGUCCCCGGCGCUGCGCCCCUUCGCAUCCCUCCUCCUCGCCGCCCUCCUACCGGCCGCCUCCCCGCAUCUCCUCGCCUGGUGCGCCUCCCCCGGCGGCGCCCCGUACGCGGCCCUCCGCCUCGCGCUCCACGCCUUUAUCGCCGCCGGCAUGCCGGCUGAGGCGCUCGUCGUGCUCUCACGCAUCCGCAGCGUUGGGAAAACGCCCAGCCUCUCCGCGCUCGCGACGCUGCUGCGCCUGCUGUUCCGCGAGGGCAACGUCCAGGCCGCGUGGAAGGUGUUCGUGGAAAUGACAGCGAUGGGGCCACGGCCGAGCCUCCCCAUCUUCAACGCCAUGAUCCUAGGGUUAUGCCACAUGGGGCUCAUCCCUGUAGCUGCGGGAUUGCUUGGUGUCAUGUGGAAGUUCCAUGUUACCCCUGAUGCGUGCAGCUAUAACAUCCUGAUCAAGGGACAUUGUGUGUUUGGGCAGGCAGGGGAUGCUUUUGAGCUGCUUGAAAAAAUGCACAAGUCAGGGUGCGAGCCGACUGUUGUGACGUAUAACAUUUUGGUGAAUGUACGGUGCCGUGAUGGGAAUGUGGUGGAGGCAAGGAGGCUGUUCGAUGAGAUGGUGGCGGUGGGGGUCGAAGCAAAUACAAUCACCUUCAAUGUUUUAAUCGAUGGGUAUGCAAAGACUGGGCAGAUGGAUGAGGCUGAUGCCGCCUACAGAGAGAUGAGGGAGAGGGGAUUGCUGCCAGAUUGCUACACCUUCAACAUUCUUUCUGCUGGAGCAUACAAGUUUGGAAAGACCGCGCACUUAGCACAUGAGCAGCAGGAGCUGUAUGAAAUGUUUGGUUCACAGAUAUCAGCAGACAAUGUAGAUAUGACGAUCUGUAGGCUUUGUUGGGAUGGACGAUUGGAUGAUGCCCGGCAACUUGUGUGUUGUGCAAUCGAGCAGGGUGCUCCAGUGAGUGUUGCAGGUUUUAAUGCUUUGAUUGCUGCAUAUAGCAAGGAGGGAUUUGAAGAAGCAGCUCUUGAGUUAUAUAAGCUUAUGAAAGAGAUAGGCCUUGCACCCUUAUCCUCCACUUUCAAUUACUUGAUACUGGGUCUAUGCAAUCAAGGAAGACUAGAUGAUGCACAGCUUUUGCUAGAACAUAUGAUUAGUAAGGGAUAUUCUGUUGGUACCUCAUUUACCGUUUACAUGGAUUCAUGCUUCAGGUCUGGUAAUGUAGAAGGUGCCUUGAAAUGCUGGGAUGAUAUGCUGAAAGUUGGUGGGCAGCCUGAUUUUAUCGCUUUCUCUGCAUAUAUCAGUGGCCUUUGCAGAUUAGAUCAUGUAAAUGAGGCUUAUCGGGCAUUUGUGGAGAUGACAAGAAGAGGUCUUGUUCCGAACAAUAUUACUUACAACUCUCUGAUAUCUGCGUUUGUUAGGGUUGGCCAUGUGGCCGAAGCACUGCAACUAGAGCAGAAGAUGAGGCAGAGUGGUCUUGUUCCUGAUGUUUUCACAAGCAACAUUCUGAUUGAUGGUUUUUGCAGACAAGGAAGGCUGGAUAUGGUGAAUAACCGUUUCUUGGACAUGCGCAGUAGUGGCUUAACUCCUGAUGUAGUGACAUACAAUACAAUUAUUAAUGCAUAUUGCCGGGCCCAGGAUAUGAACGGUGCCAUGAUUUUCAUGAACAAGAUGCUUGCAGAUGGCUGUGAUCCAGAUAUUUUCACAUAUAAUAUUUGGAUUCAUAGCCUCUGCAACAACCAUUCGAUGAAUCGAGCAGCGAGAGUGCUGGAUGAACUUGUUGCUGUUGGUUUCACACCUAAUUCAGUUACAUACAACACACUGAUGGAUGGCAUUUGCAAUGAUGUCCUUGAUCGAGCUAUGAUUCUCACUGGUAAACUGAUUAAGAUGGCUUUUCAACCCAACACCAUCACAGUUAAUGUUUUCUUUUCUCAUUUCUGUAAGCAAGGUCUUGGAAGGCGAGCCCUUUUGUGGGCUGAGAAGCUCAGAGAAGAUUCUGUUGCUUUUGAUGAAGCUACAAUGAAUAUACUUGACUGGGCUUCCAAGGAGAUGGAGGAUGACCUCCAGGGUAGAGUUGCUGAUAUUGACAAAUGUAUGUUUCUCGAGUUCUUAAUGCUCAUAACGUACAACACUAUGAGCAAUAGUAGAUCCCCAAAGUUUAGACAUGUGCCUGUUGAGACAGUUAUUGAUCCUGCCAACAGCAAUACAAUCAAAGUUUUAGAUACUGGGUAAUAGCCAAAUUUCAUAAUCACAUGACUACUUGAAAACAUUAGCCACACGAUCAAAGUUUUUGGUGUCGAUGAGGGACAUUGGCAUGAAGAUGACACAAUGGUCGCUAGCCUGGAGGAGGCAAGCAAGCAGAUAUCAAUUAGCCGGCCAGAGAAAAGAGAGUAGGAGGAGGAAGAAGAAGACGAGACUAAUCGGUCAGGGCGUGUGAGCGACGGGGUCCUGCGCUAACGGGCACCAUCUACUGCUGCAAGCGCUGCGACUCCAACCCUGCCUAUGCCCAGCGCAUUGUCUCCAAGAUGUUCCACUGCAAGCAUGGCAAGGCCUACCUCUUCAACAAGGUGUCAUUUCAGGUUCAUCAGGCUGCCCAUGUCCAUCUACCACCCAAGCCAUGUCGCAGAGCAGCGGAGAUACUCCACAUGAUCUGCUUCAGCUGCCUCCAGUUCAAGAAUAACCUGGAUUUUCUCAGAAAGAUGUAUUAUGAGCUGAAAUUUGAAAGUGACACUAGCUGACUAGCAUAACUUGGAUUUUCCCAGAAAGACGCAUGAUUCAUUUUGAAAAUAACAGGCCAAUGCCUAGGCUCUGCUGCUGCCUAUAGGAAUUUGGGUCGCUUUCGUCUUUCUUGGUGAGUUCAACAACAAUGAGUUUCGGUGGACUACCUCCUCAGCUACUUCAGCUUCUGCACUGCAGGGCGAUGACAGCCUCAUUACAGCGGUGGUCGCCUCUUCCUUGGUUCUGGUUGGUCAUGGCGUCACGUGCACACAGACCUGCAGCUCUCGUUUCCAUGACCUGGUGGUCGUUGUCACGGUCUCGGAUGACGGUGGUUCACCACCUUGCUUCCAGUGCCGAUGAGACAAUGGGGUUGUCACCCCGUAAUCUCGUAAUCUCAGCGUCGGCUCCCACGACUGCCUCCUCGGCUACCACUACUUAGGAUAUUUUUGGGACCAUUGAGUUUAUAUGAUCUUUUGACUGUCUGGCGCAGUGGGGAGGAUCUGCCCACUUGUGCCAAGAGGUCAUGGGUUCGACACAGUCCCUCUGCAUUGCACUGUGCAGGGGUAAGGCUUGCUUCAUAUGACUCCAUUGGCGUAGGGCGGCCGGAAUUGGGCGCGACGGCAGCUGUGGGGUGAAGUUUCACUUUGGGUGUUGGGGUUCCCGCCGCAGCCCUUUUGGUUUUCGGGCAGCUGUUAGUGGUGAUGUGUAAUUUGCAUCACCUGUAGCAAUUUUUUGGGCACGACCUAAAUUUUUUUGGGCACCAUAUAUACCUGUAGUGCUGCUGUUGGAGGCGUUUUAUUUGACCCCCACCCCAAGUGACCUAAAAAGCAUUUUUUUGGGCACAGCUGCAUUUUUAGGGCUGCUGUUGGGGAUGCUCAUGUAGUUAUCACGCAGUGUUCAGACUCUGCAUUCUAUGACGGUCACCCUGUAUUGACACCAUUUGAUUAAUCUUAUGUUACCUUGGUCUGCU